AUGCAGGCUGACGAUAUCACUUGGCAAGUAAUUAAUAAUGGACAUUGUUCUUUUAAGACGAAGUAAGUUGCACUUUACUUUGAUUGGUAAAUUUUUAGUGGAGAAGGCUAAGAUUUUUGAGUUUGUUUUAUUAUUACUGUUUUAGAACAAAAACUCAGAACUUCUGUCGAAACGAGUACAAUUUAACUGGUUUAUGCACACGAAAAGCUUGUCCUUUGGCCAACAGUCAAUAUGCGACAGUCAGAGAAGAGAACGGCAAGUUUUAUAAGUUGUUUGGCUUGUUUUUAGGGCAUGUUGAAAGUUUCUUUGGUUGUGAUUGUGUUAUUCCAGGAUUUUACUAAAUUCUAAGUUUUCUUAUCUUUUAGGUAUUUGCUUUUUGUAUAUGAAAGUUGCUGAAAGAUCACAUUUUCCUACUCGGCAGUGGGAAAAAGUAAAGUUACGAGCGAAUAUGGCACAAGCAGUUGAACAAAUUCAUGAGAAUCUUUUACAUUGGGACGAGUUUGUGAGACAGAAAUGUAAAGCGAGGUUGGUGAGGAUCCAUCAAUAUCUUUUGAGAGCUAGAAAGAUGAAAUUAAAGGGACGGUAAGUGCUCUUAAUGUGUAUUAAUAUUAAAAUUUAGGGUUUUUUAAAAUUUUUUGUCUUGUUUUAGAGAGAAAAAACUGAUUCCAAUUGGUCGCAAGGCUGAACGUCGUGAAGUGCGUAAGGAAGAAAAGGCUUUGAUUGCUGCCAAACUUGACACAGCCAUUGAGAAGGAGUUGUUGGGCCGUUUGAAACAAGGAACGUACGGAGACAUCUACAACUUUAAUCAACAAGCAUUUGAGAAUGUUUUGGAAGAAGAGGAGGAAGAAGUUGAAGAAGAGAUUGAAUUUGAAAACGAGAGAAACGAACUAGAAAGACAAUUUGUGGAAGACUUUGAGGAAUCUGAUGAGGAAAAUAGCGAUAUUGAGGAUGCUGAGAGAGGUUUCGAUGCGAGUGGAGAUGAAGAAAUGGAAUUUAGUGGUUCUGGAGACUCACAAGCUACAGAUUCUGACGCAGAUGGAAGUGAAGCGGAUCAAGACGAUACGUUGGACAUAGCUGACACUGAUGAAGAAGGUGAAGAGCCGGCUGCCAAAAAGGCAAAGAAAUCAGCAUCAGGAAAGGUAAGUAGUUUUGUUUAUUCUAGUUUUUGUUUUGAGUGUAAAUUUUAUAAAUCCUAUAUUUUCUCAACAAAGCUUAAAUACUUAUUUUAGAAAAGCGUCAGUUUCUCUAAAAACCUGCCAUCUAACAAGAAGAAAGUCCAAAAGAAACGUCUUCGGCCAAGAAUCGAAAUCGAAUAUGAGACAGAAGCUCCAGCUCGCCAACGACAGCGUAAUUGA